CAAACAGGUAUCUCUCAGCUUUCUUCCUUACUCUCACUCUCCUCCUGUUGAUAUCUCUAUACACAUCAUCGACGCCGCUCUCCUUAAACCAGCUGUGUUGUAGCUGACUUGCGACUGCUCGCGAUGCCGUUAGCGUCGUCGGGAACCUGGCAGUCUUUAGGACGCCAGGCUUACCACCUAUUCAAUCAAGCACCAAACAUAUCUGCACACCGAACCAUCCAUAUUCCUUCUGCGCUUCCUAGGGGCGCAACACACUCCCAGUCAUCCCAUGCGCAAAGGCUUCUGCAGCGAACUCGAAACCUCGUUCAGGGGUUCGUCGGGCAUCUCACCACACCUGGGACUCUCGGCAACCACGCUGCUGCAGGCCGUGCAUAUCACGGAGCUGCGCACGGUACCAGGGGACCGACGAUUCAACAAGGUCUUUCAUUCACUACCCGUUACACCCUCGCCCAACCUCUCGGCGCGCCGAAGCUGCCUCGCGCACCCACCGUGCCCCGCAGCGUGACGCAGGUCGGUCUGGGUACCGCACGUAACUUCUCAUCCGGACGUCCCAUCUUCCAGCAUCUUGCGGAGAAUGUCUCCGUUACGGGUCGGGCAUUUUCGCAGCUUGACUUUGACCUCAGGAUGAACAAAGAACGACAGGCGUACCUUGGUAAGAAGGUAGCUCGUGAGGCCAAGAAAGAGAAUCAGAAGGUUCGGGCAGAGGGGAUCCAAUUCCACCCUGCUGCUACUGCUGCUGAUCUUGAUGCUUCAACCUCGCCCUCGACAGCGGAGCGCGAGAUCGAUCAUUACUUCCCUGCUACCCCUCUUCCCCGUGUCACUGCAACUCUUCUCAUCCCCCUCGCCCCCACCCCUACGUCGCGUCUCCCUCUCCCCGCCAAUCCAGCCUCCUCCUCGUUGCACCCACUCCUUCCUGUUUCUGCUCUUUCUUCGAUCCACCAGGACCAUAGGCUGCACUCACUCCGCAUCUCCACCAUUUUCGCACGCCUUGAUGUCGCAGAUGUCUGGGCUUCUGGCGCAGUCUGUGAUGUCUUUGGAGAUACACGAGGCGAGGCGAGUGUCCUGCGUAUCACAUUCGCAGGGUGGGACGCAAACAGGGUCCGCGGUGUGAUCGGCGAGAGUGGGCAAGGCUGGUGCGUGCUCGAGGAGGAGCGUGAGGAUGAUCCGACUGCGAGCGAGAUCGAGAGCGAGAUUGAAGACGUGUUGUCACAGAUCACACUUAGCAGAAGUCGCGCGAGCACCGCCAACGUCGCAGAAAGCCGCAUCUUUGAAGACCCCGAGGUCUCGCGGUCCUUCGUGCUGCCCUCGCUUGACUUUUCUUCCUCCAUACAUACUACAGAGCCCAUCUCGCCGUUGUCGGUCGCAAGCACACCAGGUUCAGAACCUCCAUGGAUCGACGGGGAUAUGUUCUCUGAGUUCGGGUCGAUCAGCGAUGGCUCGGGCAGCUGGAUUGAGCCUCCAUCCGUCAGCAUCGCACGCACAUCUUCCGACGCUUCGUCGAGUUGGAUCGGAUUCAGCUCGGCGUUCCAUGACAGGAUCGAAGGCCCGAGAGAGGUGUUUUGAUAGGUUAUGAUUAUUCUCUUGUUAAUGUUGAUUCCUGUACCGCGUGACUGUCUUUUCUUCCAGAUGGCUCGUAUACACUCUUUAUUUCCGUGUUGUUUUGUGUUCUAUAAACGAUGUAUAACACUCUCAAAUGAUCCUGCAUUCUUAGCUUUACCAGCUACCUGGAUGAGCUACAGUUCAGAUUUUACCGCGGGCCUGGUUGCACAAAGAAAGACAUCCAGAGGUUGAUAGAAACCAAAAUUCUCAGCUUCGUCCACCGAGGACUAUUCCCUAAAAGAAGAAAAUACCGAGAAAAAACACAUGCAACUCGGCGCGACAGCACGAAACCAACCGUCCGACGAGCACCAAUUUGGAGCCCAAAGUGAUCAAGUUUCACAGACUGUAUCUUUCCCCAAAUAUUCCUUCUUCCAUGGCCUUGAUUUGAAGUGCCAAGUGCUUCGAGUAGAACCUGCACAGGGCUAGAUUUCCCAUCAUGCAAUACAGAUUGGGCACACCAGAAUCCCGCCACGUUCCAUUGAUCUCGCCUUCCUUGUUUAGUCCCCAGAUCGGCUUCAGCUUGUCUCCAAGUUCGUCUCCGAUGACAGCGCGGAUAGAGGCCCUGACGUCCCCAUACCCUGUGGCAAAUAUGACCACGUCGGCGUCCAGCUUGCUCCCGUUUUCGAACAGGAGCCCGGACUUUGUGAAGCGGGAAAUUUGACUGUCGUUCUUGAGCUUGAUCUUCCCGUCAAUGAUCGCCUGACUCGCGCCUACGUCAAAGUAAUAUCCGCCUGCCCUUUCCCAGGCGAGUAAUGGAAAGCCUGACCCAUCAAUGCCAUAAUUCAAACGGAAGCCAACACGCUCUAGCCCUUCGAGCACGUCCCUAUCCUUGUCCGCUAUGAGCUUCACCACUCGCUUGUUCAUCGUUUUUGAGAAAUAGAUGGGAAACGAAGCGUUGAUGAGGUCUGCUCUCUCAACAGGCGGACCGUGUUCAGAGUAAUUGCUUUCGAUCUGGAUCGGUACGCCAUGUUUCGUAGACAUGAUGUACGUCGAGCUGCGUUGGAAGAGGGUGACAUCGACACCUUUAUCACUCAAGUCCUUGGAAAUGUCAUGGCCAGACGUGCACGCCCCGACAACUACGACUUUCCGUCCUUGAUAUUGUUUGGCUGUCUUGAAUUGUCCUGAGUGCAUGACCUGGCCUUGGAAUUCGUCUAUUCCGGGGACCUGAGGCAUGCUCAUGA